GAUCUAACAACACUGAAUCAUUUUCAACACUCUGAUCAAAAGAAUCAGUUUAGAAUGGACCGACUCCAGAAGGCUGGCUCUCUAGGGCCUGCUAGUGUUGAAUUUUAGUUUGCACUCAAGAGAAGAGAAGAGGAAACAAGGUGUUCAGCUGAAAGUAAUCGUUUGUUAAAGACUUCUUUCAGAGGCCUACAGUAAAGCAAUCUGAAUCUCAUUUGUUUAGUUUAAGCUUGUAAAUGAUGCACAGAGACAGUGAAACAGCAAAGCUAAAAAGGGGGAUGAUCCGAGAGAUGUCCAAGCUGCAAUUUUACAUGCAACGUUCCUCAACCUGAGCUCAUGGAUUGUUGAGAACUCAUAAUUCACAAUGAAGCCAGUGUUUUUCAGCAUGACUAUCCUGCUCAUUUCCUACAACAUUUUGAGCGAACAUAUUUACACAUAUUUUGGUCUGGUCAUCUGCUUCAUGCUCUGGGCUAAAACGGUAUUCCACACAGAAAAUGGCUUGUCGGAUGGAUUUGGCUGGGCGGUGUUGAUUACAGGUUGUGAUAGUGGAUUUGGACGUCACCUUGCAAAGAAACUGGACCACAUGGGCUUCACUGUGUUUGCUGGAUGUUUAUAUCCUGAAGGUCCUGGGGCUCAGAGUCUGGUUGAAGAAGGCUCUGACCGUGUAAAGGUGCUCAAGCUGGAUGUGACCAAAGAUGAAGAUGUCUGCUUGGCCAAGAAUUUUGUGCAAGCAAAUUUGCCAGAGAAGGGUCUCUACGCUGUGGUGAAUAAUGCUGGAAUCAGUGACUGGGGAGAGACCGAGUGGAGCACUGCCAAGGACUUCCAUAACAUGGCUGAUGUUAACCUCUUUGGUGCCAUCAGAGUAACCAUCCCAUUCUUGUCACUCAUUAGAGCAUCCAAAGGUCGUAUGUUAUAUGUGUCGAGUAUCUUAUCUUUCUUCAACUGUCUGAACAUGGGAGCAUACAGUAUGUCCAAACGGGGACUGGAAGCAUUUGCAGACUGCUUGAGAGUAGAGAUGGCCAGUUUCGGGGUUAAGGUCAGUAUUAUUCAGCCUGGAAAUUUUGGCAUAGCCACAAAGAUUCUGCACAAGAAAACCCCACAAGACGUAUGGGAUGAAUUUGAUGAUGCACGUAAACUAACAUUCAACCAGAAAUACAUUGAAAUGGCAUGUGAAUAUUUUAAUUCAUUGUGCACUUCAGGAUUUAAAGAUUGCUCUAUGGUUAUCAAUGCCAUGUUACAUGCUCUCACUGCUCCCAAACCUCAAACUCGAUACCUGCUUGUUUCCUGGAGAGAAAUGUUUUUUUUCUACAUAUGCCCUUUUCUCCCCACUUUUAUUACUGAUUCUGUGUUUCAUGCAAGUUCCAUGUAUCGCAAGCGUAAAGAAAUGCUUUACUUAUAAUUAGUUUAUUCAUAAUCAGAACAAGAAAGCUUGCUUUACAUAGAUGACUCAAGUCCUAAGUGUUGCUGUAAGACCGCUGUAACUCUAACAUGAGACAUGUUGCAAAGUUUUUCUGGACAACUGUACUCAAAAAUAUGUUCUAAAACAUUCUUUACCAUAAAUGUGUGUUAUUUACUCCUUUCACUUUGCUCUCUGAGUAAAAACAUAAUAAACUGUCAUAAUUAA